ACAUCAACACCUAAUGCAAUGGCAAUUUCAAAACCGAUUGAAAGCACCACGGAUCAGAACUGUACAGCUACUAACUUUUCAGGCGCUGUGAAAUCGGAUGUUAGUGUUGUACUGGCUACGGCGAUAGUGAGAAUACGAGACCAAUCUGGUGAGCUGGUGCCAGUGCGAGCUUUAUUAGAUACUGGAUCACAAAUUUCGGCCAUUACCAAUCAGUGUGCGAUCCAACUUGGUUUACCACGUCAUAAGGGACGAGUAGAGGUUAGUGGUCUGGCACAGCAGCCCGUACGAACUGUUAAGGGUUCAACCAAUUGUAGCUUUAUUCCUUUGUUGUAUGAUGCACCGCAAAUAUCGGCCACCAACAUUGUAAUAUUACCAAAAAUCACCGCUCUUAUGCCGAAUCAAAAAUUACCCAUUUCAAUUCGUGAGCGAUACGGGCAUCUUCCACUCGCUGACCCCGAUUUUGAUGUACCAGGUUCAGUAGACAUGCUGAUUGGAGGGGAUUUAUAUCCAUUCAUCUUGCAAUCGCGAUCGGAUAUUGUCCAUAGUCCCGGUCUGCCGUCAGCCUUGAACACACAGUUUGGUUGGGUAAUAGUCGGAGCCAUAGAAGGGUCAAGAGAAUACUCUACGGCUUCAUCGUUGGUGGUUCAUGCGGCAUCAGAUAAUCAAAAUAUAGGUGAGCUUUUACAGCGAUUUUGGGAAGUUGAAGAACUUGAUAUAAAGCAUAGCCCAAGCACAGAAGAUGAAGCAUGUGAAAGACAUUUUCAAGAAACAGUAUCGCGGGAUUGUAACGGAAGAUUCCAUGUUGCUUUGCCUUUCAAAUCCAUAAUUUCUAGUUCAAUGGAUAAGGAAAAUACAAAGCAUGACGCUCAUUCAUUAGGCCUAGGAUCGUCCCGGGCAUUAGCUCUGAAUCGCUUAUAUAAUCUUGAACGUCGCCUAAGUAAGGACGAAGAGCUAUAUAACGCCUAUCGUGAUUUUAUGGAUGAAUAUAUUGCACUAGGCCAUAUGAAGUUGGCUGAACGCACCGGAGAAUAUUUCAUACCACAUCACGCAGUUGUAAAACGGAAGGAGAAUGAUAUAAAAAUUCGAGUUGUUUUUGAUGCCUCCGCCCCUUCUUCGUCGGGACGUUCUCUGAACGACUGCUUAGCAACUGGGUCUAAAUUGCAAACCGAUAUCGGUGACAUCUUGUUGCGUUGUCGAUUCUAUAAGUACAUAUUCAUAGCGGACAUAGUUAAGAUAUAUCGACAAAUAUUCGUUCGAAAAGAAGACCGUGUUUACCAACACAUUCUUUGGAGACGUUCACCACACGAGCAAUUGGAACAAGAUAAUGGUCCAGAAUUUCCAUUGGCAAGGCAAUUUCUGCGGUCAUAUACCUAUGUGGAUGACAUUAUUGCAGGGGCCGAUACAAGGGAAGGCAUAUUGAAGGUGCAAUGUCAAGUCGUUGGGUUGUUACAGAAAGGCUGUUUUCAGCUCAGUAAAUGGGCCAGUAAUUGCCCCGAAGUAUUGGAAGGCAUUGCGAAGGAGGACUGCGCCAGUAACCCAUACUAUGAACCUCAUUCUGGACUGGCUAUAAAAAUAUUGGGACUUUACUGGGACCCGUAUGGAGAUACAUUCGGAUACAGGUCAAAUAUUACAGAGAUGCAACCUACAAAGCGAUCAGUACUAUCAGUCCUCGCUCGAUUAUAUGAUCCCAUUGGAACAUUAGGCCCAAUGGUUUUCUGGGCUAAGUGCCUAAUGCAAGAGCUAUGGCGCCAAGGACUGAACUGGGACACUCCAAUUUCCAAUGAGAUCUCUUCCAAGUGGAAUAUGUUCAUAGAAGAACUUACAUCGUUGGCGCACUUGAAGUUACUUCGUCAUAUUAGCAUUGGAAAAUGCAUAAAGGCAUCAAGAGGGUUACUCCCAAGCCAAUUAGUUGCUUCGCAGUUGCAUUUGAAUGGUCCGGAAUUCUUACGGCAGCCUGAAGAACAAUGGCCGAGUCAAACUUUAACAAGACUUCCUUCCGAGCAACUUCCAGAUUACAAACAACCAGUCAAGUGUGUGUUGCAUAUCCUUAAAUGUAAAGAAUCAGAAGAGAUCUUCCGUCGUUUUUCGUCAUUAACGAGAAUGCAACGGACACUCGCGUAUGUAUGGCGCCUCAUUGACCGUUGCAAACGGAGGCCUGUAAGCAGCGGCCCACUUACUCAAAUUGAACUCAAUCGAACACUUCUUAACAUCAUUAAGCUUACGCAAAAUUUUUAUUGGGAAGACUUACGGAAACAGUUAGAAAAUACAUCGGCAUCGAUAACCCCCAAUUCACUUGCUCAGUUGUCACCAUAUUUAGACAAGGAAGGAUUAAUACGUGUCGGCGGUCGACUUCGUUUUUCGCUUCUGACCGAGGAAGCUAAGCAUCCGGUGUUGCUCCCUAAGGCUGCUCAUGUUACGCAGUUAAUCAUAAUCCAUUAUCAUAUGAGCCUUCUAGUUAUGGCUAUGAUUCAAAGGAAAUAUUGGAUUGUGUCAGGACGUGCCGCCAUUCGGAAAAUUAUACAUACAUGUGUUAGAUGUGUGCGCCAUAGAUCUGCUUGCCCACAACCAGUCAUGGCAGACCUGCCACCAGUACGAGUACAGCCUCAUAGACCAUUCGCAUUCGUUGGCAUGGAUUACGGUGGACCGUUUAUUGUGAAAGAAAGCCGUCGACGAGGUGCUAAGACUAACAAGGCUUAUCUUGCUCUAUUUGUGUGUCUGUCAGUAAAGGCAGUCCAUCUGCAAGUGGUGAAGCUGCCUGUGUCCUGAUCAGAAGGUUCUUCUAUCAACCAGUUUUUUUGUAUUUUUUUUAUCAUAUUAUCUAUUUAAUGUAAAGUGGUACAAGAUGUACAAUUCCUUAUUCA